AUGUUCAUCCACGCUCUAUCGAUAAGUGCUUUCCCGUCCUUGUUAACUUUAUUCAGUCGCAUUUUUCUUAUUUCCAGUUCAUUCAUUUUAAUAUGUCAUUUGAUUUUUAACCCAUUUUUCUCCCUCCUUUUCAAAAUUAUUUUUUUAAUUCCUGCAUUUUCUUUCUUUCUUUCUUUCUUUCUUUCUUUCUUUCUUUCUUUCUUUCUUUCUUUCUUUCUUUCUUAUUGUUUUCCACCCUUUCACAAUUAUAAUAUCCAUUUAAACAUUUUCUCAUUUUUCUUUCUUUUUUUCUUAUUUAUUCUUUCUUUCUUUCUUUCUUUCUUUCUUUAUUUAUUUAUUUAUUUAUUUAUUUAUUUAUUUCUUAUCAUUCUUCAUCCUCCUUUUCAAAAUUAUAUUUUUCAUGUCUGCAUUUUCUUUCUUUCUUUUUUCUUUCUUUCUUUAUUUAUUUAUUUCUUUAUUCCUUUCUUUCUCCCCUUCUUUUUACAUUUUCUUUUUACAUAUAUUCUUUCAUUCAUUCAUUCUUUCUUUUUUUCUACCUUUCUUCCUUUCUUUCUUCUCAGGUAUUAUUUACUGAUAUUAGUUUUAGUUUAG